AUGCUCGAGAGGUCAGCCAGGACCGGAGGAAUCUUUCGAAACUGCAGAGUGUACAUGGAUGCUUUGCGCUUUCGUUGGGCAGCGGAUUCGCAUAUCAGGCAGAGUGGGUUGGGGACGGCUAUCGCUAUAGCACACUCCAAGGGCUGGAAAUACCUCUGGAUCGAGUCAGAUUCAACAUAUGUUGUUUUUUUAUUAAUAUUAAUAAGUCAAUGGCAUCUAGGUAAAUUGCUUACUCUUGCUGUGACUAAUAGUUGGCCUAUUCGCCAACUCGAUGUAAAUAACGCGUUCUUGCAGGGUUCUUUAACUGAUGAAGUAUUCAUGGAACAACCACCUGGGUUUUCAGACUUUUUGACUCCUGAUUAUGUUUGCAAGUUGCAUAAGCCUAUUUAUGGCCUUCGGCACUCGUGCUUGGUAUAA